AUGGAGUAUCAAAAUUUCCACCCACAUAUCUUGCCAGUGUAUCCCUUCGGCUUCUUACCGUUCCAUCCCCAGUUCAAUAUACCGGCAUGGAGCGAUGAGAGUCCUGUUCCUCUCGAUCUGCCAAUAUGGUGUAACAUGUUCAAGAUGACUUCCUUUCACUCGUUGCAGGCUAUCGAGGUACCGCCCAGAGAUACGCUCGACUCCCAAGGCAGACCCUUUGGAUGUUAUACUCCCGAUGGAAGGAGGAAGGAAUGGAAGAAAGGGGAAAGGGACGUAGAUACUUCUACAGAGUUGUCAGGUGCAGACAAGCUCAGAGGGCUGAAAGCUGCUGCUAUGAGGAGAAGAGAAGCUAUGAAGAAAAAAAGGGAAUCAUCGAGAGCAACAGAAGAUGAUGGACCUACCGAAGUUAUAAGUACGAACACCACCGACUUAUUUAUCCUCCUCCUCAUCUCCCUUCUACUCAAUACCACGGCGUCAAAGCUCAAAGCACCUCUUCCCCCUGUUUCUUUACCUUCCCAGGGUCCUGGGAUCAUCCAGCUUUGUAAGACCAAGCGCCCACCCAACACAAAAGCUGAAGCUACAUGUGAUUCAUAUCCGGUUCUUCUCGAUCACUUCAUCGACCUUUCUUUGGAAGAAACCGAAGAAUUGGAUUUUAUCCCUUUCCCACCUUCUUCCCCUGCUUUAUCUUCUCAUCUACCAAUCGUCAUAUCAAGCAGUCCUGAUAAUCUCAGCCCCCCAAGACAUGUGGACCAUACUCCCAGUCCCAAGACCAUCAAAAGUGUAACCACUCAACAAAAGUCUCUCGCGCACUUCGUCGGGAACAAGGACAAAAAGAAGAAGAAAAAGAGAUCAGAGAAGAAACUAGAUAGUACACAACAGGGUGCUGCUCGAUGA